AUGUGUAACAGACUGAAGCUGUUUAUAUGCUCUGACCGUGUGCUGUCGUCAGUCCUGUCCAGCUGGCAGGUCCAGACCAGACGUGGAGACUCGGCUCGGCCGGUCGCUCCGGACUUCGUGUCUCUGAACCGGGACGCCGUGAAGUCGGGCCUGGUGACGUCCAAAGAGCUGAGUCAGUACCGUGCCCAGAGGGGCGGGGCCCGGGCACGAAACCCCGCCCCCAAACAGCAGAGGGCGCCACGGAGCGCGACGAUCCCCGACAUCACGUUCGGAGUCACGACGAGGGCGCCGUCUCCUCUGUCCGACCUCCUCUCUCAUCAGUACGCUCGGCGCUGGCUCGACGAUCAGCUGAGCAGGAAUCAAACCGACAACCCGCCACAGAGGAUCAAACCCGGGUGUAUCCCCGACACGAGGACCAGCCUCUUGCGGAGGAGCAGACCUCUGCCCGUCACACACACUUCAUUCAAACUGUCUCGCUUCUCUCAGGUUCCUCCUGCUCUCGACACCUUCAGGGACGAGGAGGCUCGUCAGUCCAGGAGAGGAGCUGGCGGUCCGGGCUCGAACAGUCUGGACCGACCCGAUGAACUGUGAAAUAAAAACAAACGUUUGUGACUCAUCAGA